UUUUAAAAUAGUUAUUUAUUUAUAUGUAGACGCGUUAUAUAUGUACAUAUUAAUGUAUGCAAAGGUGUUAAAAAAAAAGUAUUUCAUUGCUCAAAAGUUUAAGCCAUACAUUAAAUUAUUUAUUUAGAUGUGCUACGGAAAACCCAUGGUUUCGAACUAAAAUAAAAACUAUUUUUAUGGAUAUCAGCCAACUUUUAUAAUUGGUCAACUGAAAUGCGCAAUGUCCUCGGUAAAAGAUACAUAACCUAUAAAUUUUUGGCCCAGAGGAGUCCCAUUUAAGUUGGACCUCAUACCACCGCCUACCGAUUAUUUUUACGUAGCCACGCCUCGGUGGUCCGUCGUUUUCUUCAAUUCCCGUCUGCAUCACCAUCAAGGCUGCAAGCAAUGCUGUACACCAAUUUAAGACACCUCGACUACCACCGUUGCAAGUUACAUGCCAGCGGAGCACCCUUGAUGCGGUGACACACGCACACGUUUAGACAUUAUACUGGGGCUCCGCUAAAGCAAACCGACCGAUGAAAAAUUGUGUGAAAGAGAAAUUGAUGAAGCAGGCAACAGCUGCCUAGUAGCAGUUGGCAUAGUCGCUGCGGGGUAAUGAGACGUUGAAAGGGAAAAGAACAGCGAACGGUCGUGCAAAAAGCAAAGUUAACGAAUAAAGAUGUAAAAAAAACAGAGUAAAUUAAAGAGGAAAAGAGAAUGGCAAGUGGUUUCGUCCAAGCCAGUAAUGAAUAGAAUUUGGAGCGUCGAAUGUGGCAAGCAAUGCGGGGUGAGGUAAAAGUAUAUGGCAUGAAGAGUGAGGAGCGUUUGGAUGGCGGUAGCGGGUUGGCAGGCUGAAGGCUAUCACGAUAAACCCAAGCGAUACAAACAGACAUUUUCGACGCUAAUAUGCAUGACCAUAUGUAAACUUGUGGAGUAAACGGGGGAGGGAAAGUAGAUCAUCGAGAAGCUAGAAACUAAAGAAACAAAUAUAAAUAGUAAAAAAGCAGCGGAGGCAAAAGCCGAUCUCAGUAAGCCAAUAGUGUUCCAGAAGCGAAAAGAAACUCAAAGUAAUUCGGAAGCAUUGACAAGUGCCGACAGCUCUAUAUCCAAUAAUCAUAGUUCCAAUACCUCUCAAACAAACAAAAAGGUCGAAGAAAGAAAGGAAAAAUCAAACAAAGGCGAAUCCAAAUCACUUAAAAAGAAGAAGGACAACCAAAAAAGCAAGCUAUCGUUUAACGUCGACGAGGAGGAAGACGACGACAUAUAAAAUUAAAUCAAAUACAAAGUCACGCUUGGCAUUGUUUACUUCUUAAAUAGUGUCCAACACUUCCAUUUGAUGGUCAAAAUUUAAAUUUUGUUGAGAAAAUAUAAACGCUUGAAGCAAAUGACUGAAGUCGAUGGUAUAAUGCCAGAGGCAACAACACAACCCAUUUCCUCCACUCAUGCUAUAACUGAGGAACACUCAGUGCCCAGUAGUAGCGAUUACACGGAUGCCAAUGCUUCGGCAGUGGUCAGCAAUGAUGAACAACAACAAUUGAAAGAACAGAAUGGUUUGAACAAAAUCAAUAACAGUCGAGUGUCAACGGACGUCGACAUGCGUAACGAGCAAAUGGACGUAGAUGGCGCUGAUACCGAAGAAGAAGAUGAUUCCCAAAUGACGGCAUCAUCUACCACAGAAAACGGCAGAGGUGUAGAUGGUGGCGGUGGUGAAGAUAGUAAAAUGUCAACGGGCGAAGAUGAUGGGAAUGCGGCGCACGUAGAAGAAGAAAAACGACUAAAUAAUGAUAAUAAAGUCGAUGGCUUAAUCGUUCCCAUGGUGGCCAGUUUAAAGGAUAAAUCGCGAAGUUUUUGCAAUGAUGAAUUACAAAAUUCUAAUACUUACACAGACAAAUCUGGUGGUGGUGAAAGCGACGAUGACACACACCGAUCGCGUAGUACUGUUGGCGAAGCGACUGAUCCAAAAGACAAUAGUAAUGAACCAAGUGAAAGUUUAGAAAGACCAGCCACCGUUAGCAGUAAUACCGAUAGCGUUAGUGAAAUAGAGGGCGCCGAUAUACACAGUCAUGAGAGCAAGGUGAUUAAAGACAAAGAGCACAAAUUAAAUGCAAACAAGAAUGAAACGGAUGACAGCAGAAGUGUCGGUGUCGAUGAUACCGGGGCAGACCCACUUUCGAUAAGCAACGAUAUAAAGAUGCAAGAUCAAAAGAAAGAAAACGGUGUCCCAAAGAACGACGCUGGUGGCUUUGUGGACCUGGGCGAUGACUCAGACGACGAAGUGAUGGCAGUAUCAAAAGCAAAUGCGGCUGAUACUACAAUAAACAACACUGAAAAUAGUACGGCAGUGACGUCGUCGAAUGCUACUGCCGUACGUAAGACACGUUCGAUAUGCAGUGACUCAGAUGGCGCUGUAGUUAUUGCCUCAGAUUCAGAUACAGAAGCUAAUAGCAACAUGCCGUCAAAGCAAAAAGCAUCGAAUGAGACACAAAUCAUUGACGAUGACGAAGAUGAUGAUUGCGUAGUUAUUGAGGAUGAUACACCUGCGCCACGGCUACAAGCGGCAAGUGAUUUGAGUAAACGCAAGAGCAUGGCUAUGGACUCGCCACAGCACUCGGAUGACUCGCAACCGCCAAGUAAACGUCAGCGUAGCGUAGGACCUGGAUCCUCUACUAAUCAAAUUUCCAUAAAAGAUGCACGUUCACUUAUGGCACAUGAUACCGCAUCAGCAACUGCUGCUGCAGUCGCAGCUGCCAGAAAAGUAGCCGAGAGCAACGUAUAUCCCGUAAAUAUUACGCCAGCAGCUAAUAUAGCAUCACCGGGAGGACCACCAAAACUUAUACCUGUCGGAAAUCCAAGUAUGCCCAUAAAUAAUGCCGGUGGCAUAAAUCCUGUUUCCUUCCCAGGACUUGGUAGUGCGAAUGCAGCGAAUUUACUACCUGGCCUUACGGACGACAUGUUUGUACUAGAGGCACCUUCGUUUAUCGUUCCCUAUAUUUAUGAGAAGCCACCAGUGGACAAUCUCAGGAAUAUAGUUAAAGAUAUCGAAGAUAAAUAUAAACUGACGAAAGAUGAUCUCGCUGACGCAGAUAAAGCUGAUGAAUUCGACAUGAUGACCGAACAGAAUAAGGAAGACAAAGAAGACAAAAACAAUAAAAAGAAGAAACGGCGACGUGGCGCCGACGAUCCCGAUGAGUCGUGGUCAGAGGAAUCGGAAGAAGAUGAUGACGAUGACGACGACGAUGAUUCGGAAUCCGGUAUGCGCACUAAAGUCUUAAUCAAAGAAGUUUCCGAUGAUUUGCCCGCACUAAAAGGCGCCAUUAAACCAGCAGCGGCACUUGUGCAAUCGCCAAGCACCUCAGCACAAAAUUCCACCAUAGCCCCGAAACCCGGUCAAGAGAAUUAUUUCGAAAGUCCACUGGGUAAAUUUUUCAUGGACAUCGGUGUAGGUCUGGUACAAGAAUUUGUACAGUCAGAUUUAAUACGUUUGCAAAAACGUAAAAUGCGCAAAAGUCUGGGAAAGAAUAUUACAGAGUUUGAGCGUGCUAUAACAGCACUGUCUGGCAACUUGGAAGCUUCACGCAAAAAGAAUACACCCUUCAAAUUUACCAUGAAACGCUGUGAGUUCUGUAAUUUCAAGUCGGAAUCUGCACUCUCCAUGGCCAAUCAUUAUGAAACACCCCAUAUGAAUGGUGCGUUGUAUAAGUGUAAUUUCUGCGCUUUUGAGAUACGUAACGCCACCGAAAUUGUUUAUCACAUGGAAGCGAUACACAACAUCAAAGCGCGUCUCAUUAAACCGUUACCGUAUCAUCAGUGCCCGAAUUGUGGAUUCGAAGAUAAUGGCAAGGCUAAAUUGGCACGCCAUCAACCGGUUUGCGCGAAGAAAUUCCGCCCUGAAAUUAAUUUAGCGCCGCCUGCUGAUUGGGAGGCACCAGCGAAAAUACCGCGUAUCAAACCGCGUCAUGGACUCGUGGGCACUGCGACGGCGUAUCAGGCAAUGGCUGCGCAAGCUGCGGCACAAAAGGCAGCGCUUGCAUCCAUACAACAACAGCAACAGGCAGCAGCUCAAGCGCGUACCAUGCAAGCGGCGGCACUUGCUGCACAAAACGCUGCAAAUAAGAUACGCGGCCGCCCUCCAGUUAUCACAACACAAAAAACCGGUCCCUUGCCAAGUGGGCCAAUGCUACGUGGACCCGCACCUAUACGCUCCCAAAUGGCCACGAAUGUGGUGCAGCCCAAUAACUACCAAGUACCAGGCGGACAACUCUUGCAGGCAGCAAAUGCUUUUGCUAAAAAAACGCUUACCGGUCAACCAAGUAUUUCUAUAACUCCACUACCUCGCCAAAACACUGCGCAGCCAGUUGUGACUUCGCCGUCAACAAGCAAAAUGCCACCGACCGGUAUGAAGCCUGGCCAAAACCUAAUGGUAGGUGGUGGUGGCAAUAGCAAAACACAAUUUGUCAUCUGUGAAAUUUGUGAUGGUUACAUUAAGGAUUUGGAACAACUACGCAACCACAUGCAAUGGAUGCAUAAAGUGAAGAUACACCCAAAAAUGAUUUACAACCGGCCGCCAUUAAAUUGCCAAAAGUGUCAAUUCCGUUUCUUUACCGAUCAAGGUCUGGAACGACAUUUACUGGGCUCUCAUGGUUUGGUCACAAGCUCGAUGCAAGAAGCCGCUAAUAAGGGAAAAGAUGCCGGCCGGUGUCCCGUAUGUGGCAGGAUGUAUCAAUGGAAACUGUUGAAUCACGUGUCGCGCGACCAUCACAUGACACUGAAACCUGCACAUUUGUCCUACAAAUGCACAGUGUGUACAGCAACCUUUGGCAUGUACAAACAAUUUGAGACACACGUGUAUACGGCGCACAGUACAGUCGCAAAAAAGGCUAUGGAUGGCAAAAAGAAUAAUACAUCGGCUGCAGCGUCAAGUGCAGGUGGUAUGGCCAGCGGCAGCGGUAUGGGCGCACUUAAUCAUCAACAGCGUAGUAGUUUGAUGGCAACGAAUGACUCAUUAUUGAAGCCGCUUAAAAUCAAUGACGAAAUCACAAUUAUACCGCAACCAUCGUCAAAGCCUCGUAUAACAAACAUGGAAAGUCACAUCAUAGAUUAAACAUAUUGCAGUAUAAAUCAGUAGGAAAUAUUAUAUAAAAUGUGCUGCAAUAAGGAUAGUGAAGGAAAAUCGAGUAGUGGAAAAAGCGUGCAUUAAAUUUACCAAAUCAGGUCGCAUUUCGUAAUUUGCUUGAUUCGACGCUGCCACGACGAUCCAAUCACACCUGUUCAAGUACAUACAUAUAAGCUGUAACAUACAAACAAAUAGCAGCCGCUAAGCUACGCUGAAACCCAUGGCAAACAGAGAGAAAACAACUAAAAGAAAAACACAACAACAAUAACAAACAAACAUAGCUUUGAUAAACGGACAGAAAGUGCGCAGUCAUCAACGUUCAAUCUAAAUCACUAUCACUACACUAAUUUAGCCGGCUAGUUGAAUGCAGUUGAUGGAUGUCACCCAAAAUAAUUUUAAAUUUAACUUUUAAACAAUUUGUGCGAAAGCAAAAACACACUCGAUUCAAGCGGUGUGAUUGCCUAAUUAAAGGGUGAUAGAGCAAGCACACAUUGCCUGUGUUUUUGUGGGUACAGUAAUUUUAUUUAUUAAUUCUGUUAGUAUGUAAUGAAACAUUAAAGAUGUGGAAAACCAGGAGUAAGCACAUUAAUGGCGUGUAAAUUAGUAAAAAAAAUAAUAAAGGUAAAUAAUUACAGAAGUAUAAGUGAAUACAUAUUAUUAGUUUAUAGCAGAAGAAGAAAACAAAAAAAAAACAA